AUGACCCGACCCAGCUCAUCUUGAUUACCCUUCUUCCCUUCUAAUUACCCUAGCAUCUCAUUGAGAAAUAACCCUAACUCAUCGACGACACUCAGCUCACCGACGGACGGAAUCUCGCGCAGCUCACCUCAGCGACGGAAAGCAUCUGGCGCAACUCUGGGAAGUUUCAAUAACUGAAAUGGCAGAAGAGAAGAGUUUAAAUGUGAAUGAAGAGUUGGAUCCGAAGCGGAAGCACAAGGGGAAACAUGACAAGCCAAAGCCAUGGGAUGAUCCAAGCAUUGACCAUUGGAAGAUUGAAAAGUUUGAUCCAGAGUGGAAUCAGAGUGGAUUGCUUGAAGUCUCUACCUUUUCAACUCUAUUCCCUCAGUACAGAGAGAAAUAUUUGCAAGAGUGUUGGCCAAUCGUAAAAGGUGCCUUGAAAGAGCAUGGAAUUACCUGCGAACUGAACUUGGUUGCAGGAUCCAUGACAGUUUCGACUACUAUGAAGACAAGGGAUCCCUAUAUUAUUGUAAAAGCUAGGGAUUUGAUAAAACUUUUGUCUAGAAGUGUCCCUGCUCCUCAGGCUGUCAAAAUCCUGAAUGAUGAGAUGCAAUGUGACAUCAUUAAGAUCGGCAGCCUGGUUCGCAACAAGGAUCGUUUUGUGAAACGCAGACAAUAUCUUGUUGGUCCCAAUUCGUCAACUUUAAAGGCACUGGAGAUUUUGACCGGCUGCUAUAUCCUUGUCCAGGGAAACACAGUUGCUGCUAUGGGUUCCUUUAAAGGUCUAAAACAAGUGAGGAGGAUUGUAGAGGACUGUGUACUGAACAAGAUGCAUCCGCUACAUCAUAUCAAGAUCCUUAUGCUGAAGAGAGAGCUUGCAAAAAAUCCAGCUCUGGCUAGUGAGAACUGGGACAGAUUUCUUCCACAGUUUAAGAAGAAGAACGUUAAACAAAAGAAAGUUAAGACCAAUGAAAAGAAACCAUAUACGCCUUUCCCACCUCCUCAGCAACCUAGUAAGAUUGAUCAACAACUGGAAAGUGGUGAGUACUUCUUAAGUGACAAGAAGAAGUUGGCAAAGCAGUGGGAAGAGAAGCAAGUAAAACAGGCUGAGAAGGUUGCUGAAAACAAGAAAAACCGGGAGCAAGCUUUUGUUCCACCUGAGGAACCAAAAACACAUAACCAAGAUGUGUCCAACAUUGAUAAAGAGGAUGUCAUUGCCAUGGCAUCAUUAUUGAAGAAAAAGGCGAAGGAGUUCAGGAAGCAAAAAUCAAUUGACAAGAUUGAUGCUGAGGAAUUUAUUGCAGGCCCUAGCAAGCCAUCUAAAAAGAAAUCGAAGAGCUUUAGAUAAGUACUACUUAGAAAGUCUGCUUGAACUCAGAUAUGCUGCCAAAUUUCAACUGUCUGUGGGAAAAGAAAGUAAUUGGCUGUUGGUGAUUAUGAUUACUGGAGAAAGUCUUGUAAUACUUGCAGAGUGCAAAUUGCUCUUGUUACUGUUGCAUCUUCAUUCAGCCACCAUUUUGACCUUAAAAUUCUGAACCUUCCUUUCCAUGUCCAUCAGCACGACAUGCAGCUAAUCCUAGUAGCUUUAAAAGUGGAUACAUUUUGCCUUUAGGCCUCCACGCGCCAUCAAAAGAGAAGUACUUCAUUUUACUUUCUCAAGAUUUUAGAAAUAUUGUUGGUUUAACCACAUGGGACCUUGAUAUGACUUUUUAGAAUUUCUUUAAUUGUUAAUUAUGGAUUAGAGUACUAUGGUUAA